GGCAGCGAAUGCCUGACACCUCUGUGCGAGGGUGAGAGUGCCUGUCAGCCCAGUGAGAUCUGUGUGUACCCCGGGUUCUGUCGCUGUAAGGCCGGCUUCUACGGGGCCAGCUGCAUGACCCGUAAGUGAUCACGGUCGACCCUGUGAAUAUGAUGCCCUUAUUUUUAAGCUCGUUAUGACUUGGUUAUACAUGCAUACACAUAUCAAAUCGCUCACUGGUGUCACCUAAGUUCUUGCUGGAGAUUUUAUUGACGCCCUUUUGGCCAAGAUCCUGUUGCUGAAAAGGAAAUGAGAGCGUAAAGCUGACUGCAUGGAAUGGUUUGUGUGUUUGCAGUCGCCUCCUGUAUUUUCAGCUAGCUCUCCUUGUCCCGUGUCUCCCCGCGUCUUUCAUUGUCCCCCCGUAUUUGUCUGUCUCACUGUAUUGUCCUGUACCCCCUUGUCUUCCUGUGUCUCACCGUGUCUUGUAUCUCUCUGUGUUUUCCCAUGUCUCCCCAUAUCUGGUGCUCUGUCCCUGUGUCUCCCUGUAUCUGGAUCUCUCUCCCUGUGUCUCCCUGUGUCUGGCUCUCUCUCCCUGUGUCUGGCCCUUUCUCCCCACAUCUUCCCUGUGUCUCCCUGUGUCUUCCUGUAUCUCACUGUGUCUCCCUGUAUCUGGCUCUCUCUCCCUUGUCUCACUGUGUCUCCCUGUAUCUGGCUCUCUCUCCCUUGUCUCCCGGUAUCUGGCCCUUUCUCCCCACAUCUUCCCUGUGUCUCCCUGUGUCUUCCUGUAUCUCACUGUGUCUCCCGGUAUCUGGCCCUUUCUCCCCACAUCUUCCCUGUGUCUCCCUGUGUCUUCCUGUAUCUCACUGUGUCUCCCUGUAUCUGGCCCUUUCUCCCCACAUCUUCCCUGUGUCUCCCUGUGUCUUCCUGUAUCUCACUGUGUCUCCCUGUAUCUGGCUCUCUCUCCCUUGUCUCACUGUGUCUCCCUGUAUCUGGCUCUCUCUCCCUUGUCUCCCGGUAUCUGGCCCUUUCUCCCCACAUCUUCCCUGUGUCUUCCUGUAUCUCACUGUGUCUCCCUGUAUCUGGCCCUUUCUCCCCACAUCUUCCCUGUGUCUUCCUGUAUCUCACUGUGUCUCCCUGUAUCUGGCCCUUUCUCCCCACAUCUUCCCUGUGUCUCCCUGUGUCUUCCUGUAUCUCACUGUGUCUCCCGGUAUCUGGCCCUUUCUCCCCACAUCUUCCCUGUGUCUCCCUGUGUCUUCCUGUAUCUCACUGUGUCUCCCUGUAUCUGGCCCUUUCUCCCCACAUCUUCCCUUGUCUCACUGUAUCUCCCUGUGUCGUCUUAUGCCUCCCUGUAUUUCCCCAUGUCUACACACAUCUCCUCCCAUUGAUAGAGUGCCCUCCUGAGUUCUGGGGUCCCGACUGCAGUAAGCUCUGCCUAUGCCACCCCCAUGGCCGCUGCCACCCAGAGACGGGCCAGUGCACCUGCGACCCUGGGCGCUGGGGGGCGCACUGCCAGAACGUAUGCAGGUGCGGCCGCCAUGGCCAGUGCAACCCCACGUACGGCAACUGCACGUGUGACGAUGGCUGGUGGACGGCCACGUGCAGCAAGCCGUGCCAGUGUGCGCUGGGGCAGGCGCGCUGUGAUCCUGUCUCGGGUCGCUGCAUCUGCAAGGAUGGUUACUGGGGGGCACGUUGCUCCCAACGCUGCCGCUGCUCGGGGUCUCCCUGCCUGCAGCAGACGGGCACCUGCAUGUGCCUGCGUGGGUGGGCGGGGCCUUCCUGCGAGCAUCCCUGCGUCUGCAAUUUGCAACAUGGCCGGUGUGGAGAUGAUGGGGACUGCGUGUGCGAGCCGGGGUACAGGAAGCCGUCCUGUGAUGAGCCCUGCAGCGCCGGGUCCUACGGGAAUGACUGCAAGAAACGGUGUGGUCACUGCCGCGAGGGGCAGCCCUGUUCUGCAGUGGAUGGCUUCUGUUCCUCCUGCGAGCCGGGCUGGAAUGGGACGCGCUGUGACCUGCCCUGCCCACCUGGUUACCAUGGUCACCUCUGCCAGGAGACGUGUCCGCGAUGCCGUGGCAGGGAGCCAUGUGACCCUGAGAGCGGCGAGUGUGCGCGCUGUGAACCCGGCUGGACCGGACCCAGAUGCGAUGCACCCUGCGCCGAAGGCACCUUCGGGGACGCCUGCCGCUUCUUCUGCCCUCCCUGCGUCGGUGGCCGCUGUCAUCACCUGAUGGGGAUCUGCGUGUGCCAGCCCGGCUUCUGGGGGGAGAGCUGCAACAGCUCGUGUCCGACUCACCAUUAUGGCAUAAACUGCUCGUCCACCUGCGACUGCGGGGAUGGUGGUUGUCACCCAGCGACGGGGCAGUGCCUCUAUGGGCAUCGGGGGGCCCUGAUCGCAGGCAUCACUGUACUGCUGCUGCUGGUGUUUCUCAUUGGCUGCUGCUGCUGUUGCUGCUGCUGCUGGGGGCAACCAGUCGACCCCAAGGAAAGGGUGGCGGUCCGCGAUGGGGGCCCAGCGGUCCGAAUGAAGCACCACGUGUACAGCGUCUUGGCCAACAUGGGCUCCGCCGUACCCGGCCUGACCCUUUGGUCGUCUGGGCUGCCGCGGGUCACAGUGUCCCACCACGACCCCGAGCUGACCUUCAACCACAGCUUCAUCGAGCCGCCGUCCUCCGGCUGGGUGUCGGGCAGCUCCUCGUCCUUUGAGAGUGACGACGCCGAGGCUGUUUACUGCCUGCCCCCCCGGGAGGACGUCUCUCCAGUUGGGGGGGGCGAGUUCCAGGAGAUGAGCUCCAAGUGCAACAUGUUCCUGGACCCGUCGGGGUUCAGCGGGGAGGACGUGGCCUUCUCCAUCCCUCGCACUUCCAGCAUCGCCAAAGCCAAGCGCCCGUCUGUCUCCUUUGCCGAGGGCACCAAGUUCACACCAAAGGAGCGUCGCGGCUCAUCACAGGAGGGCACCGGCGCUCCCCGCAAGUCUAAGUCUCCCUGGGGGGUCCUUAUGCUGUCUGUCCUGCAGCCUUCAGGUGCACGGGGGGGAGAGGGGGUGGCCAGGGACAGCGAGGAUAUGCAGUCCGUCCCCUCGGAUGAGACGUCUGUGGACAACGAGGUGAGAGACCUGGAUAGUGCCCCCCCCCGCAGCAGUAGGCGGCGAACCGGGUCCAGCACGCGGCAACGUGUCCAAGCACAGGGCUCCACGGAGCCCACGGCCUCGGACCCAGACCGGAUCAGCACCGUGUACGUGAUGGCGGGUGCGGCUGGCCAACCGGGGAAGGUGGAGCUGGCGCCAGAAGUGGAGGGCCCGGUCCAGGCCGUGCUGCGGCGCCUUGGAAGCCUUCAGAAGCCGAGGGAGGCCGUCUAUAAGCCUCCACGCCGAAAGCUGGGCGCCCGGGUGACCAUGUGGGAAGAGGCUGCCGAGAGGGGGGCCAGCCGAGAGGCAGCUGUACGGAAGCCAAGCAGGCGGAGGCACGCUCCCCUCAGCUCGCCCGCGGCCAUGGGCUCCGGUGCCAUCUGCCGGGAGGACGGCCCGGCCGAGAGGCCCGCGUCCUCCAUCCUGGUGAGCAUGCGGGAAAGCCCCGCAGCGGCCGACACCAGCGACACUGGCUACCUCACCAUCGGGGCUGCGGCGGAGCCUGCUACCGCCCAGGAUGAGGACACGGACGCCAGCGAGGGCCCGCACUACGAGAACGUGGCGCCGAGGUCCUCAUGAGGCCGCAUGCGUGCCAGCGUUUGCUUUGAACACACAGACUAUGUCUACAUUCGUUAAAGCCAUGUGAUGAGGUUGGACUGACACUGACGCUCUGAGAAUCCUUGCUAGUCUCCAUCAUGUGGGUGCCUACAUCUAGGCCCCCUUCCCAUUUUCUGUCUGGCUUGUUAAACUCUGAAUCGGUGUUUCCCAAUCCGGUCCUCGGGGACCCACUUUUGGUCCACAUUUUUGCUCCCCCCGAGUUCCCUGCCAGACAGUCCACAUUUUUGCAUGCUCAAAACGUGGUGCAAAAAUGUGCACUGUCUAUGGGUCCCCGAGGGCCAGACUGUUAGCGCUUUGUUUUCUUUCAGGGAGGAGUCCUCUGCAAUGGCAAAUGCAGCUACAUUUCCUGCUGUGGGGAUGAAUUUGCUUAUUAUAUGAUAGCUAGUGAACAUUUGUUAGACAAGUUAGGCUUUAUUUUGUGUAAUUUUAAAUACACUAUGAGUUAAGAAUGUUGUUGCUAUGCCAUGGAUUUGCUUUAAGUUUGACCACAACAUGCUUAAUUAAGAAUGAAAGCGAGGUUGCAGUCCUGUGUUUCCUCCAUUGAAGGCAGUAACUCUCCUGUAGGCUUUGAGGCAGGUGAAGCCUGUAUUCUCUGUAACCAGGUACAGUGAAAUUGUGUGCUUUAACAAUCUACAACAAUAAGAUGUAAAAGGUGGAUCACGUACCCACAGGCAGAAAGUCAGGCAUUUCGUAGACAACAGUGAGUAACUAUUUUAGAAAUUUUUGGUCUUACCUUUAGACUUACCAUUUUUAUAUUCUGUAUAUGUAAAUAAAUAGGUGUGUUUGGUA